UAGAUCCCAAUUCCCAUCCCUCUCGUGCUCAAUACCAGUACUGAACUACCACCAUGGCCUCCACCGAAAUCAACAUCGUCGCUCUGGUCUACCCCCAGCCCGACAAGCUCGAGGAGCUCUCCGCCCUCCUCGCCACCCUAACCCAGCAAGUCCACGCCCACGAGCCCGACACCUUGGUGUAUUACUCCUUUGCCAAUAAGGAAGGGACGGUGAUUAGUGUGGUUGAGAGAUACCGCAACCAAGCCGCCUUCGAGAAACACAGCCAAAGUACAUAUUUCAAGGAAUUUGUGGAAAAGGGCAAGGGGUUAAUGGCCAAGCCGUUUGAUCUGGUGGUUGGGGGAGAUGUGGUGGGGGGGUCGGUUUCGGUGGUGAGAACGUGAUUUCAUUGUCUUAUUACUUCUAUCUAGUUGUGUGUAUAGUAUGUGGAGUCAUUGUGGUUAGGAGUAUGUAUAGAGUUAUGAUCGGGAAAUUUGAUAGUGUGACGGGUACGCAGUACGUACUCGGUACCCAUGUUUAAAUUGACUUUGGAUGGUGGUAGUAGGACAAAGAUGGAUGCUGAUGGAUGGCCAGGAA